AUGACAUAUCAUUUGCCAAGUUGUCAAAAAAUGUCAGCCAACAAGGAAAAUAACCUUGUUCAGGCUUAUGUAGAAUUAAAUAAAUUUUGCCAAAAUGGAGACUACGAAAGGGCACUGAAGGCUGCUGGAAAAGUCCUUCAAAUAUCUCCGAAUGAACAGAAAGCUUUUCACUGUAAAGUUGUGUGCUUCAUACAUUUGCACAACUUUAAAGAGGCUUUAUCUGUCCUCUGUAAUCCCAAGAAUGCGGCGCUGGCAUCCGACUUGGUGUUCGAGAAGGCUUACUCUCAAUACCGUUUGAACUGCCCCAAAGAUGCCUUGGACACUGUGGAUAGUGCGUCCGAGUUAACACCAGCAUUAAAGGAACUUAGAGCUCAAAUCUUAUACCGACUGGAACAAUACCAGGAGUGCUUCAACCUUUACCGUGACAUAGUCAAGAAUACCGAUGAUGACUAUGAAGAUGAGAGGAAAGCAAACUUGUCAGCUGUGGUCGCAAAUCUGGCUGCUAUCAAUCAAUCCGCAGAUCUUCCGACAUUCGAAGAGAGUACCUAUGAACUAUCAUAUAACUCGGGAACUACUUUAGUUAUGCGUGGCAAGUACAACGAAGCGUUAUCAGUACUGAAGAAAGCUGAACAAGCAUGUUCGGAGAGCAUUAUUGAUGAUGGAGGUACUGAGGAAGAAGCUAAAGAAGAAGCUGCCAUUAUACGUGUUCAGCAAGCAUUCUGCCAACAACAAAUGGGCAAAGAGAAGGAAGCGGCGUCUUUAUAUCAUAAUGUUCUUAAAGAUAAACCAAGCGACCAAGCUCUUGUUGCUAUCGCUAGUAAUAAUCUUGUAGUCAUCAAUCGUGAUACAAAUGUAUUUGAUUCCCGCAAACGCAUGAAGGCUGCAACUCAAGAUGGUCUCGAGCACAAACUUACCUCAAGACAACGAGCCUCUAUAGCGUAUAAUCAAGCACUACUUGCUAUAUACUCUAAUCAGCCGGACUUCUGCAAGCAAUGCUGUGUGAAACUCAAUCGUGAGUUCAAACAAGAUCAUCGAGCAACACUCGUUGAAGCUGCUUCACUUCACAAGGAAGGGAAAAGACAACAGGCUAUUACAUUACUGUUGAAGAGUGGGGGCGUACUUGUGUUGGCUGCUGUACAGAUUAUGUUGGCACAAGGUGAUCGUAAGGGUGUUGUCAAGUUAUUAGAAGACAGUGAAUUUAAAUACAAACCGGCGGUCAUUGGUCUUCUAUACACCCUGUUGGCAGCUGAUAAUGAAUAUGAGAAGGCUUCUCAGAUGUUCACUGAUGUCUAUGAACAUUACAAGAAUGAUGAUGAGGCUAUGUCCUCACUCCGCGGCGUGUGGCGGGCGGCUGCGGACGCACACGCUCGCGCCGGGGACUCCGCCCGCGCGGCCCUAGCGCACGAGGCGCUAGCACGAGCAGCGCCGCAGGACAAGCGGAGUCUCGCGCGACUAGUGAAGGCGCUCCGCGGAGACCCCGCCAGGGCGAAAGCCCUCGCUGAAGCCCUACCACCUAUAUCAGAGCUUGAGUGUAAAAUCGACGUGGAUGCUCUAGAGUCGUCUAAAUGGAUGAUGGGUGCUAAGGUUGUCAAGAAAACUGUUCAGAGUAAGCAGGAACAAUCGCCAGGUACUCCCGGUUCGGAGCUGGGACAGAAGACUAAACCUAAACGUAAACGAAAGACCAAGCUACCACCUAACGCUGACCUCUCCAGACCACCGGAUCCAGAAAGAUGGCUGCCCAAGUAUGAGCGCACGGCGUACCGCAAGCGGCGCGGCGUGAGGCGUGACGUCAUCAAGGGCAGUCAAGGAUUAACCACCGCCGCUGUUGAUCAGUACGAUAUGAGCAAACAAACUCCUUCUACCGCCACGAAGUCGCCUCGAGUAGAAGUUAAGACAACGGAGACUUGGACAAGGAAACAACAGAAGAAGAAGGGCAAGGGAAGGAAAUGGUGA